CGGAGCGGCGGGGCGGGCCGGGCCCGUUCGCAUCCCCCCAUCCCCGCCCCGCCGCCGGGCUGCCCAGCGCUGCCAGGCAUCGCCAGCCGCCGAGCCACCACCGCCGGAGCGCCCCGGCCCGUCCCGCCGAUGGCACCGCGCUGCCGCCGCCAAGGAGGACGCUGCUGACCGGGUGCCCCAAGCCCCAGGUUGUGCUGCCCACGGGCUCUGCUGGACGAUGCCAUGGCCGUGACGAUGUGACCGAGCGGCUGGCACCGAGCCUGGCACGGCAGCACCGGCCACCGGUGGCCCCCGCCGCGGGCCCAAGAUGAGCGAUGGCGUGUGGAUCUCGCUCAGCCCCGCCGAGUUCGCCCAGCUGCAGCAGUACACGGACUACUCCACCAAGAAGCUCAAGGAUGUUCUGGAGGAGUUCCACGGCGAYGGUGUCCUCUCGAGGUACAACCCCGAGCAGCCCAUUGACUACGAGGGCUUCUGCCUCUUCAUGAAGACCUACCUGGAGGCRGAUGUGCCCGAGGAGCUCUGCCAGCACCUCUUCACCUCCUUCAGGCGUAARAUCUGCCAAGGCUCCCCCGAGAGCCAGCAGCAGAGCCCUGGUGUGUCACAGCACAGCGCCCUGGGGAUCAAUGGGAAAACCCUUCGGAGCGCCCUGGGCCGCCACGCUGCCGAGCCCAAGAGCUGCCCCAGCGGCCCCGAGCCGCAGCCCGCAUCCCUCACCCCGGCAUCCAUCGCCAACGCCUCCCCCAGCUGGUCCAGAUCAUCCUCCCAGAAAUCCACCGCGGGCGCCGCCUCUGCGCACAACUCCUCRGGCUCCUCCAAGAUCUCCUCCGUGUCCCUGCGCGGCCCUCAGUCCCCAGGCACGAGGAGCGUGGAGAAGAGGUUACCCUUCAGCCUGCGGAAAAACGCCAGCUCCCUGAAAGCCACCCCGCCUCCUCCUCCCACCCCSUUGGCCCAGGUGGUCCAUCUCAAGGACAUCGUCUGCUACCUGUCCCUGCUGGAGAGGGGACGGGCAGAAGACAAGCUGGAGUUCAUGUUUCGCCUCUACGACACCGAUGGGAACGGCCUCCUGGACAGCUCGGAGCUGGACCGUAUCAUCAACCAGAUGGUGCACGUGGCCGAGUACCUGGAGUGGGACUCCACYGAGCUGAAGCCUAUCCUGAAGGCUAUGAUGGAGGAGAUCGAUUACAACCACGAYGGGACGGUGACGCUGGAGGAGUGGAUCCGGGGGGGAAUGACCACCAUCCCCUUGCUGGUGCUCCUGGGGAUGGAGACGAACGUCAAGGACGAUGGGCAGCACGCCUGGAGGCUGAAGCACUUCAAGAAACCCGCCUACUGCAACUUCUGCCGCACCAUGCUGCUGGGGGUGCGCAAGCAGGGCCUCUGCUGCUCCUUCUGCAAGUACACGGUCCACGAGAGGUGUGUGUCCAAAGACAUCGCUGCCUGCAUCAGCACCUACGUGAAAUCCAAGAGAAACACGAGCGUGAUGCAGCACACGUGGAUCGAGGGCAAUUCCCCCGCCAAGUGCGACCGCUGUCACAAGAGCAUCAAGUGCUACCAGGGCAUCACCGGCCUGCACUGCGUCUGGUGCCAAAUCACCCUCCACAACAAGUGUGCCUCCCACGUCAAGCCRGAGUGUGAUGGGGGCCCGCUGCGGGAUCACAUCUUGCUCCCAUCCUGCAUCUGCCCAGUUGUCCUGGACAGGCAGUCCCACUGCCGGCGAUCAGAGAGCGACUCCCCUGCCAGCACCAGCCCCGAGGACAGCCAGGGCUUCAAGUUCAACUCCACCACAGUGGAUGGGCAAGGGCUGCAGAUCAACCCUCAGCCUGGGACGCACCCACUCCUGGUGUUUGUGAACCCCAAGAGUGGAGGAAGGCAAGGGGAACGGGUCCUCCGGAAGUUCCACUACCUGCUCAACCCACGCCAAGUGUACAACCUGGAUCGCGGCGGGCCCGCGCCAGGGCUCAACUUCUUCCGGGACACUCCGGAUUUCCGCGUGCUGGCCUGCGGAGGGGACGGCACCGUGGGCUGGAUCCUGGACUGCAUMGAUAAGGCAAACCUGGUGAAGCACCCGCCGGUGGCUGUCCUGCCCCUGGGGACGGGCAAUGACCUGGCACGGUGCCUGCGCUGGGGAGGAGGCUACGAAGGAGGCAACCUGAUGAAGGUCCUGAAGGACAUAGAGCACAGCACGGAGGUGAUGCUGGACCGCUGGCAUAUAGAUGUCAUUCCCAGUGACAARGAGGCCAACGGGGAUCCCGUCCCAUCCACCAUCAUCAACAACUACUUCUCCAUCGGGGUGGACGCCUCCAUCGCCCACCGCUUCCACAUCAUGCGAGAAAAGCACCCUGAGAAAUUCAACAGCAGGAUGAAGAACAAGCUGUGGUACUUUGAGUUCGGGACGUCCGAGACCUUCGCAGCCACGUGCAAGAAGCUCCAUGACUAUGUUGAGGUUGAGUGCGAUGGGACCCUGCUGGACCUGAGCAACACCUCCCUGGAGGGCAUCGCCGUGCUCAACAUCCCCAGCAUGUACGGCGGCUCCAACCUGUGGGGCGAGACCAAGAAGCAGCGYGGCUACAGCCGGCUGGGCAAGAAGGUGCCCGAGAAGGUGCCUGGCACCGUGGUCACCGAUGCCAAGGAGCUGAAAUUCUGCGUGCAGGACCUCAGCGAUCACCUGCUGGAGGUGGUGGGGCUGGAAGGCGCCAUGGAGAUGGGGCAGAUCUACACGGGGCUGAAGAGCGCGGGGAAGAGACUGGCUCAGUGCUCYUCUGUCAUCAUCAGGACGUCCAAGCUGCUGCCCAUGCAGGUGGAUGGGGAGCCCUGGAUGCAGCCGUCCUGCACCGUCAAAAUUACACAUAAAAGCCAGGUGCCCAUGCUGCUGGGCCCCCCUCAGAAGAGCAGCUUCUUCUUCCUGAAGAGGAGAAACCGAACUCGGGAUUAAAGCAGCGUCCAAGGCUCCGCAGCCCGGAGGCACUCGGUGUCCCCAACACCUGCCCGAUGCAGGGGUCCCAAAUCCCCAUUCUGUGUCGGGGACAGAAACCYCCUCUCCAAGCCCAGUGGGGAUUUUUUAUCCUGGGAAGGUCUUGUGGGCUCCUUCCCAAUCAUCACGAGCAUCCUCUCAGGCUGGGAUGGARGAAGGGGGUGAAGGCAUGCAGGGAGCACAUUCCCUGGAGCAGCACCAGGACUGGGAUUUUUUUUCCCCCAUUAUUUAAAUACCCUYCAGCCGAGCUGCCAGGGAAUGUGCUCCUGAGGCAGCACCAAGCUCCACUUAUUUAUUUCUCAUCCUCCUGAAGGCCACUCGAUGUCUYGCUGCGCUGGCUUUCUGUCCCCCAAUCCUUGCAGUGGGAGGAAUUAUUUAUUUCCUUAGCCUAGGGGAGCCGUCCUGGCCCCUCACCUCUGUGCUGUGGGGUUUAAGAGAGGUGCAAGGAGCCACUGCUGCCAGACCAGUGAGCCACAGGGUGUGGGACAGGCUGGGGACAGACAGAGCACAGGGACAAGUGUGSGAUGGAUGGGAGGAAGCUGUGUUUUUACAGGGAAAUGGCAAAAAAAAAGGGAUUUUGGGGGGAGCUGCCCCAGCUCUGGGCUUUGUGUUCAUAUUUAUGUAUUUAUUUAGCAAACUUUGAGGGGACUCUGGGGGUCACCUUUUGAUGAGCCYGGACUGGACACAGACACCACCUCCCUUCUCUGCUGACUCUCCUUCCUUCCACAUGGACUUUCCUCUCUCCUGAAGCCUGCCAGCCUGCACCRGGGGCUGGAGACCCUGGGGACAGACAUCCAGAAACUCCUCUCACUUGAAAGUGYCCCCAGCAUCUUUGACAUGUCCCCAUGUGCUCUGCCAGGCUGGUGCUCACCCUGGGUGACGGGUGCUGCCUCUGAUGCUCCUGGAUGGCCGCAGGGAGCGGGGCAGCUGAUUGCACCUCAGUUUCUGUAGGGCCAGGACUCCCCACAACCCUCUCCACAUCCGAGAAGCCUCCCAGGUGCUGCUGUCUGCGUGACUGGGGCCCACUGGGAUGCACAGGCAGGAUUUGGUGCCAUCACCCACGGAUGGACAGAUCAGGGGAUGCAGCUUCUGUCCAG